GGAGAAGGUGGCUUGCCAAUUCAAAUCGUGUGCGGGUGGGGAAAGGAGCGGAAACAGUGCAAAGAUAGCCCCAGAUCACUCGGGCUCCGGCGUUUUGUGGAGAGAUGUCACAGAAAGGGUUCACUUUGUCUCAGAAGGUCUGAAGCCUGCGGUUGGAACACGCAGGCUCACAGAGAGAUGAGGGAUAACGAAUGCGCGUCGAUUACUGUACCCAUGGUAAGUUGGAGAAUUUUAGAGCUGGGGGGAGGUUUCCUGGGUCCAUGUCCUCAAAGUGCAUAAG